CAGCGAGAAGUGUUGUUUCUGUCCUGCCUGUCUGUUGCUCAGCAACACGAAGGCGUGUCCACCGGCGAUGAUUUAAGAAGUAGGAAACCCUUCUCUCGCUGUCACUUUUUGUCGGUUCAGUCUGUACUCCGGUCCCUGCAUGGCAGCGGGAUUGCUAGGGAGACGAGGGAAUCCCCGGGUGUCGCCUCACUCCUGAUCAAUUUGCAUCAGCGGUUCCAUGCCUGGUUGUCCGUCUCAGUCUGCCUGUUCCAUUCGCUGCGCCCACAAGCAUGGCUUGGAGUGAAGUGUAGCGCAACAUCAUCUCGGAUUGUCAACCGGUGUAAAAUAGGCUACGUAACCCAUGCUGGAACAACCAGUGUAUUUUACAGAAUAAAUUCAUCAGAAGAACCACGUAUAUUUUCAUUGAUGAGGCAACCACCAAGUGACUUCGAUACUAUGGCAUUGAGCGGGACGCUUUUGCCAUCCAUAUCCACAUUUGCAAGCGGCCCGACUGUCAAGAAUAAAUCCACGGGACAUGCGAAUUUGAGAUGGAAGGAGGAGCUGUCCCACCUGAAGAGGAGCAGCUGUUCUGACCAGGACAUCUCCACUGGAAUGGCCAAGAAAGAACCUGAAGAUCUGGACCUACUGGACUAUGACUUUAUCCUGUCCAACACUAUGCUACAACAGCAACAGCAGGAACAACAACAGCAGCAGGCUGAGGCUAUGGCAACGGGCGGGUCCCAGCACCUGUCCCCUUCCCCGGGCUCCUACUCCUCCUACCAGCUCCCAUCUCCCCAGGACUCUGCUCACAGUGACAUGCUGUACACUAUCCCUGACAUCAGCGACGUGUCCCCCUCUGGGGGGUUCGUGGCGGAGCUGAUGAGGCCUGAACUGGACACGGCGUACCUCCAUCCCACCAGCCUGCAUGGCAAGUUUGUGGUGAAGUCCACCAUGGAUAUGGCAGAGGUUAGCCACAGCAUUAAUGUGAGUAGUAAAGCUGGUGUUGGUGUUGGUGCUGCCACGGACCCCUCCUCCUCUUCGUUGCCCUUUAUUUGCCAUAGGAUAAAGCAGGAGAACCCCAGCACGUGCACCAUCACCCGGCCCGUGGACCUCCAACUAGGGGUGGUGAACUCACACUCCCAGCCCAGGGCUGGUCAGAGGCCCCACCUCGACCCCCACGGCUUCCCCCCAGGGGGUCGCCCUAUGACUGCCAGCCGAUCAGCCUCAUCUCUGUCUCCGGACCACACACUGGCCAGGGACCACCACCCCUCCAGCCAGGUGUUAACCCACCCCCAAAUCCCGCUGCCCGGUCCGGGCUACCACCACACCUCUCCGACAGGCUACUCUCUACUCCCACAGCAUCGUGGGUCUCUACAGUACCAAGAGCUUUUGUCCCCCGGUGGCGAUAGUCUACCAGAGGAGCCCAAACCCAAACGCGGCCGGCGCUCAUGGCCUAGGAAGAGAAUUGCCACACACACGUGUGACUAUGCCGGCUGUGGAAAAACCUAUACCAAGAGCUCUCACCUCAAGGCACAUCACCGAACGCACACAGGAGAGAAGCCUUAUCACUGUGACUGGGUGGGCUGCGGCUGGAAGUUUGCCCGUUCGGAUGAGCUCACACGGCACUACAGGAAACACACCGGGCAUCGCCCGUUCCAGUGUGCCAAGUGUGACAGGGCCUUCUCAAGGUCUGACCACCUGGCACUACACAUGAAGAGACACCUAUGAGACAGGGCCUUCUCAAGGUCUGACCACCUGGCACUACACAUGAAGAGACACCUAUGAGACAGGGCCUUCUCAAGGUCUGACCACUUGGCACUACACAUGAAGAGACACCUAUGGACUCACUGGACGCCAUAGACCAAGACUUAAAGACUAAAGAUAUUAUUGCAAAGACCGAUCUGAACUUGUAGCUUUAAAAACCAAACAUUGCCUUCUAGCCAUUGUCAAAGCAUCAAGACAAGUUGUGUGAUUGACGACAAAGAGUGUUACACUCCCUAGGUUCAAACCCUAUGACUAAAGACUGUUCUUUGUCCAUGUAUUAGUGAUAAGCGAAUAACCGAAAUGGUGGUUAUUUUUCGUUUUUUAAAUAACUAAUUGCUCAAUGCACACAUUGCACAGUAUCAAGCCCAAACUAUGUGAUGUAGUAGGGAGUUGUAGUUUCCGACAGGACAAUAUUCUGCAUAGUUUAGCGCAGUAAACGUGGUCAUUAACUAUAAUGAUACUAAUCUAUUGCACGCCUACUUUGGUGUGGGGGGCAGACACGGAAAGAGAAAGAAGAGAGAAGAAAAUGCGAUCGAGAGGGAUAGAGAGCAAUUGCUUCGCAAUGUAUCUCUACCUGAAAAUACAUAAUCUAAGUCAGGGGUAUCAAACUCAUUCCAUGGAGGGUAGUGUCUGCUGAUUUUUGGUUUUGCCUUUCACUUAAGACCUAAACAACUAGGUGAGGGGUUCCUUACUAAUUAGUGGCCUUAAUUCAUCAAUCACAUACAAGGGAGGAGCGAAAACUCGCAGACACUCUGCCCUCAGGAGAAUGAGUUUGACACGUGAUCUAUGUAACUGAUAGUUGGUAUUCAGCAGUCAUAAAACAAUGCCUUAUUUAGUUUAAAUAACUAUAACAAUAGUGAUUUUGACAGACAGAAUAGGCAGCAGCUCUAUAGAGAUGAGAUCAUCACUUGGAAUGAAAUAAUAAAGUCAUCAAAUAAAAAAAUUGAAUAUCCACAGCAACUAAAAGAUUUUAUUAAAGUGAAGUGAACAAAUUAUGGUUAAUAAGUGAUAAGAAGUAAUGGACAAUCACUGCUAUCAUGAGACUUUUUUAAUAGUUUUAUUCUGUGUUGUUACAGCAUUCAACCCACAUAAUUCAUAACAUCAAAAAUAAAUAAUCAAAACCAAAAUCGAAAACCCUAAUUAUAUAUUUUUUUAAAUGAUUGAACCGAAACCGAACUGACCUCAAAAAGCACUAAUUGCUCAGCACUACCAUAAAUGGGAUCGUGAUAUGACGUUUGACAAGAGCCCUCGGAACAACCUCCUUUGUGGGACAAAACUGGAAUUUACCAUCUAGGCUAUUUAUCGACAAAACUUGGAGGACCAGGUGCCAACGUAUGACUGGAAAUGUAUUAGUUAUCAGGGAAACAAGACUCAGACAGACAGAACACAGAAACAACAUAACACAUCCUAAGAGGCCUUAUAUCCAUUCUAUCAGAAACAUUGUUUGUCAAAUUCAUACUGUGUUAGACAUUUAUAUUACUCUUCCAAGCCAUUGAUUACAGGUACAAAUUAAUUGAUAUGUUACAGAAAACUGCUCAAAGAUAAUGAAGUGUAUUAAAAGGUACCAAAGAUUUUUUUUUAAAGAAAACAGAUAAAAAAAAGAGUAUCAAGUAUCACAUGGUUGUCCGUGAGUUUCUUGUCCGUGAGUUUCUUGUCUGUGAGUUUCUUGUCUGUGAGUUUUUCUUCUUCCGCAAUUUAACUUUAAUCAGGUGAAAACUUUGCUCCUCAAUGGCGAUGGCAAUCUUUCAAUGCACUGUGGUUGCAAAAUGCAAUAAUGUUACAUGAGACAUUCAUAUCAUCUUUAAAAACUCUGAACAAUGUUUUUUUUUUUGUUCAGAGUCAAAGCAUGUAAUAUAAUCUGAAGUUUUGUACAUUUGUAAAGAAAAUGCUUUUUAAAAACUGCUUAAAAUGUUUUGUACAACAUAAAGAAUAAAAUGUAUUUAAAAUUCA